AUGAAAUGGAAGAGUGUGGCUAGGAAUUGUGUUGAUGAUGGUGGAAAUUCUAAUGAAAAUAUUGCAGAAUUUGUGACUGAAUUGACUCAAAGAGCUAUGUCUGUUAAGAAUAAAUGUCACUCGCUUCUUAAGAUGAUGGCUGGAAGAAACAAUUGCGCAAUUGCUGAUGCUUUGGAGUCAGUGGCUCAGGCGUUGCAUGAGCAACAAAAUCAAGGAAAUUUGACAGUUGUAGAGUAUGCUACAAAGUUUGAAGAGCUAGUGAAAUUAUGUCCUCAUUAUAAUAGUGAUGAUGCUGAAGGUUCGAAAUGCAUCAAGUUUGAGAGCGAGCUUCAUCCCGAGAUCAAACAGGAUGUUGGUUACCAUGAGAUUUGUCGCUUUUCAGUAUUGGUGAAUAAGUGCAGAAUCUAUGAUGAAGAUAAUAAAGCUCGAUAUUCUCACUACAAGAGUAUCGGUGAAAAUAAAGGGAAGGGUCAAUAUCGAUGGAAGCCGUGUGAUGUUAUAGGUCAUUGUGCCAAUGAGUACACAAGUGAUGAGAAUAAGUGUUACAAAUGUGGGAAGAUAGGGCACCUUAUCGCUGAUUGUAAGGGUAAUGUUGUGACUUGCUACAAUUAUGGGGAACAAGGCCAUAUCAGUACUAAUUGCAAGAAGCGGAAGAAGGCCCAAUCUUGGGGUAAGGUUUUUGAAUUGUCAAGGAGAGAGACUACUAGUGAUGACAGGUUGAUUCGAGUUAGAAGUAUGGUUAUUGAUACCCCACCGAAUGGUUCAAUAACUAAUUCAUUAGUGUGUUUGAAGUGUCCUCUUACUAUUUAUGGUAAGAGUUUUGGGAUGGAGUUGACUGUGAUGUUUCUAGAGAUGAGAGGAGAUGGGGAGUUGAUGUUUGUAUCUGCUAAGCAAGUAGAAGAAUUCUUGAAAGAAGAGGUGCAUGUGUUCUCUAUGUUUCCUGCUUUGGGAAUCGACAGUAAAGCUACGAUGGAAGAGCUACCAGUUUUGUGUGAUUUUCCCGAAGUGUUUCCUGAUGAUAUCAGUGAUUUUGCGCCAGAUAGCAAGGUGGAGUUUUAUAUAAACUUAGUACCUGAAACUAGUCUUGUAUUGAUGACUCUUUAUAGAAUGUCCAUUUUAGAGCUGAGUGAGCUGAAGAAAUAUUUGGAAAAGCCAAUUGAGAAGAAGUUAGUCUGA